AGCCCAGAGAGAGAGAGAGAGAGAAAGAAGAAGGGCUGCUGCUGUUCAUACGAGACCCGAGGACUGAAAUUUGAGGCGACUAACACGAUGAAAGCAAAUUAAGACAAAGAUCCACAGAGAUAUUGCCGAGGAUACAUGCUUUUAUCUAUACACCGCACUCUCUUUCUCUCUCUCUCUCGAUGCAUCUUCAAUGUUAAGUUUAGUGCAUAACAUUACAAGAUUGUAACCCUUUAGCACACCAGUCAAUGCGAUCGAUGCCAAUAAUUGUUUACAUUUUGACAAACUUGCGCAAUUCUUCUCAUUUGAGCUGUCAAAAGUUCCCGUCGCUAGUUUUGUUUCGUAACGCGUUAUGUUUUGACAUUUACAAAGCUUCGUCAGACUUUAUAAACAGUACUAAAGGUGUUUUAACAAAGGACCGAUCAGCUGAAGAAUGAUUUGGAGCUGCGUGCUGCUCAUCUGUCUGUGCGCGCGCGCCGCGUCCUCAGCCUUCAAACCUGAGGCAUGGCUACAGCAAUAUGGUUACCUGCCACCAGGUGACCUGCGUACACACACCGCCCGCUCUCCUCAGUCCGUCACAUCUGCCAUUGCUGCCAUGCAGCGAUUUUAUGGCCUGACAAUCACUGGCAGUAUGGAUACUGGCACUAUAGAGGCGAUGAAGAAACCCCGCUGUGGCGUUCCAGACAAGUUCGGAGCAGAACUAAAGAGCAACCUGAGAAAGAAACGCUACGCGAUCCAAGGACUGAAGUGGGAUAAAACUGAGAUCACAUUCUGCAUACAGAACUACACUCCGAAAGUUGGGGAAUACGAGACGUUCGAGGCCAUCAGAAAAGCCUUCAAAGUGUGGGAAAGUGUUACGCCCCUGCGGUUCAGAGAGAUCCCGUACAGUUCCAUCAGAGACAAGUCGGAGAACUUUGCAGACAUCAUGCUCUUCUUCGCCGAUGGUUUUCACGGUGAUGCCAGUCCUUUUGACGGUGAAGGAGGCUUCUUGGCUCACGCAUACUUCCCAGGGAAUGGUAUUGGGGGAGACACACACUUUGACGCAGCGGAGCCUUGGACCAUCGGAAACCGCGACUUGUUGGGUAAUGAUGUGUUUCUGGUGUCUGUGCACGAGUUGGGUCACGCUCUGGGCAUGGAGCAUUCGAAUGAUCCCUCCGCCAUCAUGGCUCCCUUUUACCAAUGGAUGGACACUGACCACUUUGAACUUCCUGAAGAUGACCGUAAAGGCAUUCAGCAGCUUUAUGGACCAAACACCGGAGGCCGUCCGCGACCACCCGUCACCCCUCACACGCCCAAUCACCACCCAGACCCCACACCACCCAGGCCAGGAGGACCCAGCUUUGGUCCUGAUAUCUGUGAGGGCAAUUUUGACACCAUUGGCAUCUUCAGAGGAGAAAUGUUUGUAUUUAAGGAUAAGUGGUUCUGGCGUGUCCGUCACCAAAGGGUUAUGGAAAAUUACCCCAUGCCAAUUGGACAUUUCUGGAGAGGUAUGCCCACAACUAUUGGUGCUGCCUAUGAAAGAGAAGAUGGGAAAUUUGUCUUCUUUAAAGGAGACAGGCAUUGGGUGUUCAGCGAGUCAAACUUGGAGUCAGGUUACCCAAAGACCCUGAGGGAGAUGGGCAGCGGUCUUCCGAAAGACAAACUGGAUGCAGCUCUUCUAUACACGCCUACUGGCAACACUUACUUCUUCAGAGGAAACAAAUAUUAUCGUUUCAAUGAAGACACAAAGUCUGUGGAUCCAGACUAUCCCAAACCUAUCAGUAAAUGGCAAGGCGUUCCAGACAACAUAAAGGCUGCAUUCAUGAGUUCAGAUCAAAGUUAUACCUACUUCUACAAGGCCAACAAGUACUGGAAGUUCAAUAACCAGUUACUAAGAGUGGAGCCUGGAUAUCCCAAGUCUGCGCUUAAGGAUUGGAUGGGCUGUCCCAAUGAGGAGCCUACAACAGGUGGCGGAGGAGGAAGUGACCGCGACCGUGAGCGAGAACGGGAGCGUGAACGGGAGCGUGAAAGGGAGCGCGAGAGAGAGCGUGAGAGGGAACGCGAGAGAGAACGCGAGCGAGAAAGAGAACGUGAUUAUGGAGGAGAUGACAAGAGAACCGAUGAAGAGGUCAUACAAGAAGACACCGAAGUGAUCUUGAUUGAGCCCAGCAGCAGCGGAGGGGCGGCGGCCGUGGUGAUACCGCUCAUGUUAUUGGUGUGCGUCAUCUUAACGCUCGGAGCGCUCCUUUUCUUCCGCAGGUACGGCACACCCAGACGCUUGCUAUACUGCCAGAGGUCUCUACUGGACAAAGUUUGAGAAGAAGACUGAACAGGAGAGGAUUGAGAAUAUGGAAAAGGGGGGACUUGAUGGCAAAGCAGAAACCAAAAAUCUAAAAGGGUCGCUUUUAUUGUUCACUUUAGAAAUGAUGCCACUCAGACGAAUCUCUGCAUUUUUUUAUAGUUUAUAAUCAGUGGUCUUCGCAUUUCCACCUGUGCCGAGCUCUUCCCGCACGCUGUAGACCGGCACACGGCACCCAUUUCUCACCUGUGUCACAUCUGUACCCUCUUCUCUAACGUUCUUACUCUUCCGGUGUAGCCAAGGACGCCAGCUCAUCGCUGUUUGUUUAGCCUUUUGUAAAUGUCUUGAUUUCUUAUAGUUGUGUUUGUUGUGUACCUCCGACUCGUUGUGAAUUUGUCACCUUUUUGGCGCAGAAGCUCACAUUAAUAAAGAUUUCCGUAUCACGGGUUGCACCUGAUAUAUUUUUCACUAACAUAAAAAGUACCAAAUGUACCAUGGUACAGUGCUGCCGUGCUGUUUUGUUGAAUGCGCUUUCAUGGUACAGGGUUCCCAUGGUCAUGGAAAUCCUGGAAAUAUCAGGGAAUUUUCAAAUUGCGAUUUCCAGGGAAUUAAUCAUAAAUUGCUUGUACAUGUCAGCGUUUCAAUGUGUAAAAAUUCCUUGUUGCACUUAAAUUUUAAAUAAAGUUAUUUCAACUUAUUUCAACUUUUGACUAUUUAGAAGGUGGUAUAAAUUAUAAAAAAAUCUAAUUUUCCCCAAAAAAUCAUAAAAUUCCUAUUUUAUACCAACGCCUCACUAUUCAAGAAAGUUGACUUGUUUUAGUCAAGUGGUUUAAACUUCAAAAUUUAAGUGCUUCAAGGAAUUGUUACAGUUCAGACAGAGAUGUUUUUUUAUUUUUUAUCCUUAAACUACAAACAACUUGAAAGUCAUAAAAAAAUCAUUGUUCAAAAUUUAAUGGAGUGUCUGAACCCUGACUGUCAUUCAGAAUUUGGGACAUUUAACCCUUAUAAAUAAACGAUUAUGGUAUAUAUCAAAAUAUCUUAGUAUACCAUUUAAUAUCAUCACUGUAACAUUAUACCAAAGUACUUUUUUGUGAGGACAAACUCACAUAUGCACAAACUCACAAAAUCCAUCAGAUAUCAUUAAAUACAUGGUUGGCAUUAGCUCAUGAAAACAUUAAAACCACACAGGGCUGCAGUCCCUGUGUUGUUCCCAAUCCAUGCAACCCUGAAUCUCAGGUUAAAUAACUAAAGAAAAUCGAUACUUAAUCCACUAACGAACUUUAAAAGCCUGUGCUGUCUGUCUGUGUCCUUGAGUAGUUUGGCUUUACAUUGUACUGUAUUUUAAAAUAUUUUCUAUUAUUGAUGAUGAUGUCAUUGUCAUUAUGACUAUUACUAUUGUUAUUGUUCUCCAUGUCAAGAAUGUGUUUUUUUUCCUGAUUUAACAAUUGUCAUUAAAUUGUCCUGCUGGACAGGCACUAAUGUAAGUCUUAUAAAGUGGCCUUUAUCUGGGGUAAAGUGAAUGGGUGGGUUUUGUAUUUUUAAGUGAAAUAAAUUUUUAGUAUGAAAAUGGCAUUUUUACUUCUCGUGUUUACAAUUAUUUGAAACUUGUGGUGCUUUUUUUGGAAUAUAACUUUGGUGAAAAAACAACAACAAUAAUAAUAAUUGAGUGAUAAUGAUCAUUAUCUAAAAAUAAAUUGUGCUUGUCUUUCGAACCUUUUAAUGUUUUAAGUCAGAAAUAAAAUAUUUUGUAAGUUUA